UGGUGUCUUACCAGGGAAAUAUAUUUCACAACAAAAAUCACACAAAGACAAUUUUCCAACCGAGGAUGGCCCAUAUCUUCUGCUUUUUGGCACUUUUGUGCUUUGCAUCAUGUGCUGUGGAAAGUACAGAGACUGCGCAGGACUUUAAGGACCUGCAACUGCAGCAACACUCAUUGUCAUGGUUCAAGAAAUUACAAGAUAAACAGGAAUCGACAAAGAUACGGAUAUUUUUAGAUUUACUAUAUGAAAUUUUAAAAAUUGGAAAUACCGUCCAAGAGCAGAGAGACACAGAGAAGCAGGAGAAGAAACGACGUGGACUGGGUAGAGGCAGUGCAACUCGCAAAACCAGCUGUAGAGUCUUCUUCUGGAAAUCCUGGGCUUCCUGCUAACUUUGAUCUGACUCAAGUGCUGGACGACUGCCAAGACCAUGAAGAGAAAAUCUCAGUCUUUUAAGUUUAAUGGCCAAGAGGUAGUUCUGCUCCUCUCAUACUUUAACGUAUUACUGAUUUAAAGUCCCAUAUUAUCAUACAAUCAUUCCCAGGUUAUGUUUUAAUGAGAAAUAAUGUAACUAAAAAACUAUAAAUUAAUGUAUAUGGUAUUUCUUUUUCUUUUAUUCUGUACAUAAGCACUAUGAAUUUUUGAGGCAUGACAAAAUAAUCAACGAGACACGUCCUGCACAGACAGUUGUAUCUCAAAGCGACACCAUAUACCUUUUGAAGAUACAACACAAUCUUCCUCAUGCAAAUAAAAAAUGAAUAAAUGAUGAUUAAUCCGUUAAUCUCUAACGUUUUACUUCAUCUGGUGUGACCAGUAGCUUAAUGUCAGACCUGGUUUAUAAUGAUAUUGCUGUGUCACCGACAUUACUAAGGCAGCUUUCUGACUCUAUGCCUCCACCUGUACCACGGCUGUACCAUGUAGUUAUCUUUAUCCUGUAAAUGUCACAAAAAGAACGUUAAAUGGUUUCACUUUGAAAUAAAAGUUUUGACAGACUUCUUCUAUUUCACUUCUCAGAGUAGAGAAAUCCUGGAAACACUUGGAACUGUACCAACAUCCAUAUCGGUCUGGGAGAACCUCAGCCACUUUCCAUUCUUGCAGUGAGCUGAACAAUAGGUGACCCCCUGGUCCUGAACGCCUGUAUUAUUUAAUGUACCCCGACUGUCUGGAAGAGAUGCAAACAAUGAAGUGGGCCCUGAAUAUUUAAUCAUUAGUAAAUUAAAUGGCACAGGGUAAAAGCCUCUGCAUCACACUACUUGCCCUGCUUGUUAAAGAGACAGUUAAAUAUUCCCUGCAGAAAGCUAAAAAAACUAAGCUGGAUUCACUGCUCUUUGAGAAAUGAGUGUUGUAUUUGAGUUUGCACAUGUUUUCAAGUCAAUCAAACAUACUCACAUUAAUUUGAAGUAUUUAUUUCUGUACUCUUUUGUGAGUCGUUUUCUACUCACAUUAUUUACAUUCCAGUGGAAGAGGCUUUUCUUCUUUUUGUUAAAUCCACACAGACUUUAGGUGUAAUAAAUAUCUGCAGUGUGUUUGAUGUUUCCUGGUGAUCUUCAUGCUAUGACCAGCAAA